AUGGGUGACUCAACAAAUCCACUCGACUCCAACAAAACUCCAAAAUGCAGCGACAACCUUGCAACCCCCAAGCCGGCAGAGAAAUCAACCAACAAUACUGAUGCCGCCAUCGAUACCACCCCAAAUGAUACCGCCAUUGAUACCACCCCAAAAGCUGAUGAAAAUACUACGAUGAAGAAAGGAUUUCCUUGCUGGUCUUUUGAAGAGGACAAAAGACUUUGUAUUGCUUGGCUGAAUACUAGUCGAGAUGCAAUUGUUGGAAAAGGACAGAAAGCUACGACAUUUUGGGAGCAAAUCCAUGAAACCCUUUCAGAUCUCAUCAACGAGUACAAAGAGGAGAAGAAACAUACAAGGUUUUUCAAAGAACUUCCUCUUAGACCAGUUGGUGCGGUUGAAUGUCGUUGGGGUAUUAUACUCAAGACAGUCAAUAAAUUCUCUGGUUGCUAUUCAAAUGUUGAACGUUGCUUGAAAAGUGGGAAAACUCGCGAAGACAUUCUUACCGAGGCCAAGGAGCUUUACAAGGCCACCUUUGGGUCCAGCUUCAAUCUUGAUCACUGCUGGGGAAUAUUGAAGGAUGCCCCCAAAUGGCAGGCCACGCAGCAAGAAAGUGAAGCUCGAGGGAAGAAGGCCAAGGAUGUACCUUCGACCGCUUCAGCACCCUCCUCCGAUCCACCUGCCUCCACCCCUGUCGUUUCAAGCCCUGCGGUCAUUGAAGUAGAGGAAGAAGACUCUGAAAACAGUCGGUCGGCACUGGGAAACGUUUGUAUUGGAGGUCAGAAAUCGGCCAAACGUAAACAAGCGGAGGAGUGUGCAAUUGAGAAGAUUGUUGGCAUGCAAAAAGAACUGGUCCAGAUCUCGCGUGAUAGGUUGGCUUCAAUGAAAUCGGCUUUACAAUCAACCUCAGACAACGCGAUCAUGUCUGCUAAUCUCAACACAAUGGAUGAUGAAAGUCGUGCAUACUACCAGAAGAAACAAAGAGCAAUUAUUGCUCGCGAGCUACAGGAAGAGAAGGAGAGGGAGGAAAAAGAAAAAAAGCAGAAGGAGGAAAAAGAUAAAAAAGAAAAGGAGGAAAAAGAGAAGAAGGAAAAGGAGCGAAAAGAGAAAGAAGAAAAACAGAGAAAAGAUAAGGAAGUGAUCGAGAUUGAUGGCGAAGAUGAAGACAAAGACAAUGAUUCCGGCACAAACGAGGAAAAAUCUGGCAAAGACAACAGUGCAGCUGGCGAUGAUUGA